AGACUAUUGUAUCCUUUUUAGCCUUCUCAGAGACAGACAGGUCACUUUCCUUCCCUUCUCAUUCCCAUUUCUCACUUCCCCAAUCUCUCUCUCUCUGAAGGAGAAGGAGAAGCGAAGCAGAAGCAAAAUAACAGAAAUUCAGAUCUGAAACCGACUAGCAGAGUAAACUCUACAAAUCUCUGCUUGUAGAGAAGUAGAAAGGACUCUGAGCGCUGGAGGUUGACAGACGGCAAUGGCUCUCAAUCUUCGACAGAAGCAAACUAGUUGUAUCAUUCGGAUGUUGAAUCUGAAUCAACCCUUGAACUCGAGCGGGAAUUCUGACGAAGAGGUUUACAAGAUCCUGGUGUAUGAUAAGUUCUGCCAGAACAUUCUCUCGCCACUGAUCCAUGUCAAAGAGCUCCGCAAAUAUGGAGUUACGUUGUACUUCCUCAUCGACAAGGAGAGGAAGCCAGUUCCUGACGUCCCGGCUGUCUAUUUCGUGCAGUCGACUCCAUAUAACAUUCAACGCAUCGCCGCCGAUGCCUCUGCUUCUCUCUACGAGAGCUUCCACCUCAAUUUUUCAUCGUCCAUCCCCCGGCCGCUGCUCGAAGAUCUCGCUUCUGGAACUCUAAAAACUGACUCAAUUCAUCGGAUCUCGAAGGUGCACGAUCAGUACUUGGAAUUUAUAACCCUGGAGGAUAACAUGUUUUCUCUUGCGCAAAAGUUUUGUUAUGUCCAAUUGAACGAUCCCUCGGCUGGAGAUCGCGAGAUCGAAGAGAUCGUGGAGAAGAUUGUAAGUGGACUAUUCUGUGUUCUGGCAACACUUGCGGUAGUUCCCAUCAUAAGGUGCCCACGAGGUGGGCCUGCGGAAAUGGUUGCUUCUGCACUGGAUUUACGACUGCGUGAUCAUUUGCUGUCAAAGAAUAAUUUGUUUACUGAAGGGGGCAACUUGGGGAGCUCCUUCCAGCGGCCAAUCCUGUGUAUUUUUGACCGAAAUUUUGAGCUUUCGGUAGGAAUUCAGCAUGAUUUUAGGUAUCGUCCACUCGUUCAUGAUGUUCUUGGGUUGAAGCUCAAUAGGCUGACUGUUCAAGGGGAGAAGGGGGGCCCAAAAUCAUAUGAAUUGGACAACUCGGAUCCCUUCUGGAUGGGAAAUGGGUCAUUAGAAUUCCCGGAAGUUGCAGUGGAGAUUGAAAACCAAUUGAACAAAUACAAGAAGGAUGUGGACGAGGUGAACAAGCGCACAGGUGGAAAAGAUGAGGCAGAUUUUGAUGGGCAGGAUUUGAUUGGUAACACAAAGCAUUUGAUGAAUGCAGUGAACUCAUUACCUGAGCUGACAGAGAGAAAGCAGGUCAUUGAUAAGCACACCAAUAUUGCUACUGUGCUGUUAGGUGAGAUCAAGGAGAGAUCCUUGGAUUCUUAUGCAAAGAAGGAGAAUGAUAUGCUGACAAAAGGAAGCAUUGAUCGAAAUGAACUUCUUAUUGUUCUAAAAGGGAAAGGCUCAAAGGUUGAUAAGCUACGGUUUGCAAUCAUUUAUCUUCUUUCUGCAGAAACCACACCUCAUUCAGACUUGGAAGCAGUGGAAGCAGCACUAAGAGAGUCUGAGGUGGAUACUUGUGCUUUUCAAUAUGUAAAGAAGAUAAAAUCACUAAAUGUGUCAUUGGCUUCUGCUAACUCUGCUAGCAGGAGUAACAUUGUUGACUGGGCUGAGAAGCUCUAUGGGCAGUCAAUAGGUGCUGUUACAGCGGGUGUGAAGAAUCUUUUGUCAAGUGAUCGACAGCUUGCAUUGACAAGAACAGUGGAUGCACUUAUGGACGGAAAACCCAAUCCUGAAAUUGAAUCCUACCUCAUCUUCGAUCCUCGAGCCCCAAAAUCAAGCUCUGGUGUGGGUACUAAAGGACCAUUUAAGGAAGCAAUUGUGUUCAUGAUGGGUGGUGGUAAUUACAUGGAAUAUGGGAGCUUGCAAGAGUUUGCACACCGUCAGCAGCCAGCCAAGCAUGUUAUAUAUGGAACGACAGAGGUUCUUACAGGUGCUGAAUUUGUUGAGCAGCUUACAGUUUUGGGACAAAAGAUGGGACUAGGAAAUAGUGGUGUUCCUUCAUCCCAUUGAUACGGAUGUUAUGAUUAAGCCUUAGCUUUUGAUGGGGCAUUUGUGGAAGCAACUUGCCUUUAGGCAAUUCAAAUUAGUGAAAGCCACUGGUGUAGAGGGACAAGUUAUUUACUUGAAGCUAGCAUAGAGGGACAACUUCUUAGUGUUCUAAAAGUGAAUUUGGCUAUGCAUUGCCUUUUAUGCAUCUGAGAUCAGCAUGAUGUUUGUUGAUGUGAGUGUGCUUCCACCAAUUAAAUAUUAAAAGUUGACCUCCAGGGGGAAUUGCUGAUUAUCAUCCACAAAUUGAGGUAUAAAGUCUGUCUUGGUGAUCACAAUGAGCUUAUGUAUUCCCGCUUGAUAUAUUGCUUGGAAAUUGUUAGGCAAUAAUAGUUAAGGAGUUCUAAAACUUCAAGGUUAUGGCCAAGCUUGACUUUCAUUUUCUGUUGGUAUGAUUCACUUUUCAAUUGACUAGCAAGUUGUUUUUUGUAUUUUCAGAAGAUACCAGUUAAAAUUGUGCUUGAUAUAUAGAGUCAGUGUUUUAAAAAAACUAUGGAUCUUAGUCCUUGAGACUCACCUUGAUACAAACCUCAAGGAAAAUGCCUCGAAGCUCAUGCCAGAAAGUAUAAAGCACAUUCUCACAUAUUGUGUUGUCUUACAUGUGUAUAUACACGGGCAGCAAAUAGAUUCUUGUAAUUAUAGCUAUGUAUACACAUGUAUAUGUAUGUACUUGUGAUUACAUUUAUGCUUUUACAUAUUUACAAAUGUACUCUAUUUCAUUUAAAGUGUUUAGUAGUUAUUAAAUGGUUUGUAAGCUCUUGAUA